AUGAGUGUUACUCACGAUGUGAAGGGGCUAAAGGAAGAUGACAACAAUUUUGAUCCAAUUGAUUCGGACGUGGACUCAUCAUCAGAUAUAAGUGGCUAUUUUGUUUUAAACACGCAAAGUAGCUUAGAUAGCCCUAACAUUUCCAGUAGCGACAUCACUCAUUUUUUACUCAAUACUGACGAUAAAGCUAUAAUCAGUGAUGCAGAUAGUUAUUGCUUAGUGGAUGACAGCACCCUCACCGAUGUAGACCAAGAUACGCAAUGCAGUCAAAUCGAAGCUUCCUUAAAUUCUGAUAAUAAAUCUGAGAAAAAUGAGUCUACGAUUAUUGCUCAGGCAGACGAGGCUGUAGAAUUAACUACCGAUAAUGAUACAACAUCAGUUAACCAGAUUGUACCGGAUGUGAUGGAGGCAGAUUCUAACUUUUUGUCUGAAAGCGAAAUGACGGAACCGAGUGGCAUUAUUCCUAACAAGUCUGCCCUAAUUGAAUCAAUCAAUCAAAAUAAAAAAGUCGUUACUAUUGGGUGCAAGAAAGAGUUACUAGCACCUUCAAGCUACACCAUUAUUGCUGUGAUUGUCUGCUUGAUUAGCAUGAUGAUUAUGUUUCCUAUGUUUCAAGGAUCUUCUAAGCAUAUUAUUGCCAAUGAGAUGUCAUUAAAAUGCGAAAACGACACCCACAACGUGGAAAAACCGAGCGAUAUUUGUGUUACUAAUGAGGUAUUCUUACAAAAACAUUUUUCUGUGUUAAUCUAUAAUAUAAAUGAAUACGUGGAAUGUCUAAGGCAUGAAGUUGGCAAUGACCCAUUAAACAAGUGCAACGCACUAUUGCAAAAAUUUGCAGACACAAAUUAUUACAAUAAGACUAAAUACAACCUUGCCACUCAAAAGUGGAUUGCUUCCAUAGAGAAUGAAUUAUCUAAACUAACUAAAGGAGUAAACAAACUACUUAUUCAGGCUAAAGUUGAAAGAAAAUGUGCUGAUAAGACUUGGCUAGAAUGGAUAACUGGAACAAGCAAGAAUUUUAUGAGUUGGGUAACAGGUACAAAGGAAAACAACAAAAAUGGAAUCAAAAAUAACACAGAACCUAAUAACAACAGCUGGUUGCGGAGAACUGGAUCCGCUACAAAGACCUGGUUAACAUGGAUAUCUGAAAAGAGUAAGAAUAUUAUAAACUGGCGUGGACCACUAGGUGCAUCUAGUAGUCCAUCUAGCUAUAAAGAGACAAUUCAAAAAGAUAGCCAAUUAUCGAAGCAUUCCACCCCUGAAAAUAGACCUGCUGAUAAAAGUGAAAGGAAGAUCGAUGCAGAUAAGAUACAUAAGAAGGACGAAUCAUCUAGGGAUUUUUUAGCUGAAAAUAAACACACUUCUCAAUCCUGGUUGACAUGGAUAUCCAAAAAAAGCAAGAAAGCGACAAGCUGGGUAAUGGGUAGAAAGAAGGGAAUGGGGUAUGCCGAUAAGUUUAGGUUGAGUUGGCUAAUGGGAAAGAGUAAAGAUACUACAAAUAUAUUAACAGAUGAAAAGAAAACUGAAUUAACAGAUGAAAAGAAAACUAAAUUAACAGAUGAAAAGAAAACUAAUAAAAACAAUAUUCAAGAGAAAUCAGAGCCAAAAUCGCCUAAAACUUCAUUUCCUGCAAAUGGACAUACUGACGAAGCUCGGCUAGCACAGAUACUUGAGAAGAAGUGGGUAGUAGAUGAAAAGACGGACAAGAAUGGUGCGGCUCAAAAGAGCUCAACGUUAUCCAACCAUUGGUUUCCCAGGAAUUCACUGUGGUUAAGAAACAUGGGAAUAUAUUAUAAUCGACAAAUGAAGAAAGCAUAUUCUUCUAUUAAUCGGAUCUUCAAUAAGGCCAAAGAAGGCAGCAAAAAAAUAUUUCGACGCGGCUGA